UCAAAACGAUAAGUGGGCUGCUGUCAAAAAUUGAAGCGACGAGACGUCGAAGUGUUUGGACGAUUGAUUUCGUGAAAAAAAUAAGUUUUAAUCAAGGAAAACCAACGUUUAGUAAGGAAAAAGUUUUAUAAUUAGCAAAACAGAAAUGUCGCUCGUCUGUAGCAUAUCGAAUGAAGUUCCGGAACACCCGGUUGUAUCUCCCCGGUCCGGUGCAAUAUUCGAGAAACGUUUGAUUGAAAAGUACAUCGUAGAGAACGAGUGCGAUCCCAUCAAUGGAGAACCGUUGAAAGCAGAGGAACUCAUUGAAAUCAAGACUCCCCCAAUCGUUCGUCCCAAGCCCCCGAGCGCCACCAGUAUUCCAGCGACGUUGAAAAUGAUGCAGGACGAGUGGGACGCCCUAAUGUUGCAUGCAUUCACACAAAGGCAACAGCUGCAAACCGCACGGCAGGAAUUGUCCCAUGCCCUCUACCAGCACGAUGCGGCCUGUCGUGUGAUUGCCCGUUUGAACAAGGAAGUGGCAGCAGCCCGAGAAGCGUUGGCCACCCUCAAACCACAAACCGGCAUCGCCUCCAUCCAGUCCUCGAUUCCACAACCGUCUAUUGCUGCCGAAGCCGGAGGAAUGGCCACACAACCGAUCGAGCAGGCUGGCAUGAGCGCCGAAGUGAUUCAGAAGCUCCAGGACAAGGCCACUGUCCUAACGCAAGAACGAAAGAAGAAGGGUCGCACCGUUCCGGAAGAGUUGGUCAGCGCGGAAAAGAUCCGUGGUUUUCUCACACUUGCAUCCCAUCCGGGUCUCCAUUCAGCCAGUGUCCCCGGUAUUCUGGCCUUGGACAUUAACCAUUCCGAUCAGAGUAAAAUCCUGACAGGAGGAAACGACAAAAACGCCACCGUCUUCAACAAGGAUACCGAGCAAAUUGUCGCCAUCCUCAAGGGACACACCAAAAAGGUCACCAAGGUUAUCUUCCAUCCGGAGGAUGACACCGUCAUCACCGCUUCCCCGGAUGCUUGCAUCCGCAUUUGGAACGUUCCGACCUCCCAGACGCAGCUGCUUCUCCGUUGUCACGACGGUCCGGUUUCUGGCCUCUCUCUUCACCCAACCGGAGAUUACGUCCUUUCCACAUCCUCCGACAAGCACUGGGCAUUCUCCGAUAUCCGCACAGGACGCCUGCUCACAAAAGUCCCAGAUCCAACCGACAUCGGUCUCACCACGGCCCAGUUCCAUCCUGAUGGUUUGAUUUUCGGCACCGGAACCGAAGACUCCCAGGUUAAGAUUUGGGAUUUGAAGGAACAAAGCAACGUGGCCAAUUUCCCGGGACACACCGGACCGAUCACGGCUAUUUCGUUCUCGGAAAACGGUUACUAUCUGGCCACGGCUGCCGACGAUGCCUGCAUAAAGUUGUGGGAUUUGCGAAAACUGAAGAACUUCAAAACGAUCACCCUGGACGAAGGUUACGAGGUUAAGGAUCUGUGCUUCGAUCAGAGUGGAACCUAUUUGGCCAUUGCUGGAACCGAUAUUAGGGUCUACCUGUGCAAGCAAUGGCAAGAGUUGAAGGUGUUCAAUGACCACACUGCCCUGGCGACGGGUGUGCGAUUCGGUAGGCACGCCCAGUAUGUUGCUUCGACCAGCAUGGAUCGUACGCUCAAGCUGUACGGAAUCGAGUAGUACGAGAUUUUCUAGAUUGACGUCGUCAGUAAGUACAUUGUAUGUCCGGUUGAUACCGUUAGAGUUUGAACUACAUUUAAUGCCCAGUGUUUGGGAACCUUCACUGAACGGAACAUCAUUUAUCAUGAUGAAAUAUAAUUGUAACAUUUAAAUAAUGGUGAA